CUGGUAGAGAUUUAGUCGUUGCUGCUGCUGCUGCUUUUGCCUCGGGAGCUGUCCAGCAAUCAGGGCUCCUGAAAUCCAACACAAUGUGAGAAGCAAUGGUAACAGUAGGAGCAUCUUUAAUCGACAUAAGAGAGAGAUGGAGGAUGAUUUAUUCCAACUCAGACAUCUGCCUGUUGUCAAGUUUCGACGAACAGGGGAAAGCUCCAAAUCAGAAGAUGACAAUAUAUCUGGAGAGCAUGAAAUUCAGAUUGGACCUGUUCAAACGGAGUUGGAAGCCGUGGAAUUGGAAGAUGGGACAACGGUACCAAAGGAAUUUGCUAACCCAACAGAUGACACGUUUAUGGUGGAAGAUGCCGUGGAAGCAAUUGGUUUUGGGAAAUUCCAGUGGAAGCUCUCCAUGCUUACUGGUCUGGCUUGGAUGGCAGAUGCCAUGGAAAUGAUGAUACUUAGCAUCCUGGCUCCACAGCUCCACUGCGAAUGGAGAUUGCCCAGCUGGCAAGUGGCUCUGCUUACAUCGGUGGUAUUCAUCGGCAUGAUGGCCAGUUCAUCUCUGUGGGGAAACGUUUCUGAUCAAUAUGGCAGGAGGACUGGUCUGAAGAUCAGUGUGAUCUGGACUCUUUAUUAUGGGAUUCUCAGCGCCUUUGCUCCUGUUUAUAGUUGGAUUCUUGUACUCAGAGGACUGGUUGGGUUUGGGAUCGGAGGUGUACCACAGUCAGUAACGCUGUAUGCUGAGUUUCUACCUAUGAAGUCAAGAGCAAAGUGUAUAUUGUUGAUUGAGAUCUUCUGGGCUCUUGGCACAGUUUUUGAAGUGCUUCUUGCUAUCUUUGUGAUGCCUACUUUGGGGUGGCGCUGGCUUCUCAUCCUCUCUGCCCUGCCACUAAUGCUCUUUGCUAUUUUGUGCUUUUGGUUGCCUGAAAGUGCCAGAUAUGAGGUUUUGUCUGGGAAUCAAGAGAAAGCCCUUGCCACCUUAAAACGUAUUGCAACUGAAAACGGUGCUCCCAUGCCUUUGGGCAAGCUUAUCGUCUCAAGGCAGGAGGAUCGAGGUAAAAUCCGAGACCUUUUUAGUCCCCAGUUUAGAUGUACAACACUGCUGCUUUGGUUCAUAUGGUUUUCCAACGCAUUCUCUUACUACGGACUCGUCCUUCUAACAACAGAGCUUUUCCAAGCAGGAGACGUAUGCAGCAUAUCCAAUCAAAGAAAGGCAGUCAAGCCAAAAUGCAGCUUAGCCUGUGAAUAUUUAACUGUUGAAGAUUAUACAGAUCUACUGUGGACAACACUUUCUGAAUUCCCAGGCCUACUGGUAACUUUAUGGAUCAUUGAUCGUGUUGGUCGAAAGAAGACCAUGGCCAUCUGCUUUAUUAUAUUCUCCUUCAGUGCCCUUCUUCUGUUCCUUUGUGUGGGAAGGAAUGUCCUUACUGUUUUUCUCUUCAUUGCAAGAGCCUUCAUUUCAGGAGGGUUUCAAGCUGCCUAUGUUUACACCCCAGAGGUUUAUCCAACAGCAACCCGAGCGCUAGGCCUUGGAACGUGCAGUGGGAUGGCACGUGUGGGAGCAUUAAUCACACCCUUCAUUGCACAGGUGAUGCUGGAGUCCUCAAUUUAUCUCACAGUGUUGGUAUACAGUGGCUGUUGUGUUUUAGCAGCCGUGGCUUCCUGCUUCCUUCCCAUUGAAACCAAAGGCCGUGGCCUGCAAGAGUCUAGCCACAGAGAAUGGGGCCAGGAGAUGGUUGGAAGAGGAACACAUAACGUAGGAGCGACCCCUUCACAUUCUGGCUCCCAGGAAUGAUGCGCAGUGUCAAUUGCUGCAUCAAGAAUCCCAUGCAUACAGUCAGACAGUUUAUCAUGCUCACAACUAACAAUACAUGGACUAUCAAUUGAUUGUUUUCCAGAAAAGAAAGCAAUGGGUGCAGGAAAGCAACAUUAUUUAAGUAAUGGAGAGACGUGUACUUCCCCCGCCUCAGGUGACCCUGAAUAGUUUAAAUGAUGAUGCUGCAAACUUAGCAGAACAUACAAAAUGUUCCAUUCCUUUCAGAACUACAGGGAUAAUAUUUAGAGUUUACUUAAUUAAACAAGCAAGGUAAUAAGUAGAGAUCUUUGAGAGUCAAUCUGAAUGCAUUUGUGCAUAUUUGGCCAUUUCCAUAGAUUGUAAAUAAUUAGACAUCCCUGAAGAUUUCAAAGGCUGAAUGUUUUAUUACCUGACAGCAACCCCAAACAAUUGUGCUGUAGCUUGCUUAGCCUUUGUGAACUGAUGGGCACUGCUGUACAUUCCAGGCCCGUUGUAUCUGGGGUUGUAUUGCUGGAGCUUGGAAAAUGUGUUGGCAACAAACCUCUGCUUCAGCAUAUAUCUAGUGGCCUCAAGUGAACCUGUCAGGAUUUCAAAAUAUAAAUAUUUAGUUGUUAUUACAUACAUAUUUUGUUUUCAUAGAGCAGACAUGUUGACCAAAAAUGUAAACCCCUUUAAAAUCUAUUAGUAUGCUGGAUUUGGCUUUUUGUACUGCUGUUAAAAACUAAUCUGCCACAUGCAUUCAACCUGUGCUUGACCUGUGCAUAUCUGUGCCUCUUACGUGCACAUUACAAACCGGUCACAUCAUGCGCCAGCCUCCCUGCACCAACAGACUCUGUGCAUUGGGAGCCACUGGAUCCAGCAACAUACAAGACUCCCAGUUUUUUCAUUAGGUGUAACUGUCUGGCUUUAUAAUUCCAUUACUCUGUGUUUGCCACCUCUAUCGCAAGGCCACUUAAUAACGCAGCCAACAUGUACUAGUGCUCACACGUGUUGUUUACUAACUGAUCUACAACCUAUAUCUAUAAUGAACGAAAGGCAUUGCAGGACAUGGACUUAGUGUUGGAGGGCUGUUUCAAUUGUACCUGGUUUGCCCCCAUGUAUAACCCUUGCAAUAUUACAUUAAAGGUUACAUACCUUUUUAUUUAUAUUAACUUUUAUUUUGCAACAGUUUGAAUAAAUUAUAAUGGUACCCCAAA